GAAAUGGAAGACUACAAUGGUGGUUUUGGUGGCAUUGGAACCGGGGGAGGGAAAGGCAAAGGAAAAAAUAUACCAAACCAACGCAAGCUAGAUGUUGAAGCUCAACGUGAACAAGCGAAGAAAACACAACAAGAUGGUGAAAGAGCAGAAUCAGUCGAGGAAUUUCCAAUUCCAAAAGAUUAUGGGGAUGGUAGUCGUAUCGAUUUCUGUUGGACUCGUACACAUAAGCAUUUGCUACAGAGAAUUGUAGAGCAAAAAGAAGACGAUUGUUGGGCUUGGGCUCUAGUUAGAAUCUUGCAAUUUUACUACAACAUGAACAUUACCGCAAUUGCUGAGCAGAAGACCUUAUCAAUCAAAUCACUUGUCAACAUGUGAUACUUGGGAAGAAAGAAGCAGAGAACAAUAACAAGUUAGACAAAAAAAGUUUGGCUGUUACUUCAUUAAAGAGAGCUAUUGACUACAUUUUCGAGAAAGGAAUUGAAAGAGAUUAUGGCACACAGGUUUCCAUUCGUUUAUAAUAAAGAAGGAUAUACUUUUUCUAUAUGUUACAUGCAUUUUUAGCUCUUUG